AUGUUUUUUGUCUUCUCUAAUGAUGUUCUUGUCUUGAUCGUCGUCUUCUUUAUUGUUCAAUCAAUAGUGGCUGAUAGUGAAACUGAGAAUAGGAUCAAUAACUUGUGCCAUCAAAUGGAGGAAUUCGGGUUUUGCAGUCAAACCUUCCAUGAGAACCUAAAUGGUCCGACAGACGAUGUAGAACUAACCCAAAUAGCAAUUUUCCAAGCUCAAGCCAAUACAAGCAAAACACUUCGGUAUAUUCAAGAGCUUCUACCAACAAUAACCGAUCCUGCAUUGAAGAAUAACCUUUUAGUAUGUGAAAAUGCAUACAAGACAGUAAAUGAAGCACUUCAAGAAGGAAUUGAAUUAUUCUUCAAAAAAGAUUAUAGAAGCAUGUUAAAUGUGGAGAAGAUUGCACCGAGAGCACAAGCGAGUUGCAACAUGAUUUUCAACACACCACCCGAGAAACAAGGUCUACUAGAGGAGAGGAACAGGGAGAUAAGAAUUCUGAUUGCCAUGGCUAUAGUUUCGGGCUACAUCAUGACCGGUUCUAGCUCUCUCUAA